AUGUCAACCACAGCAUUCCCACUGCCGGUGCCAAAAUGUGGAAUUUUUGCCGGUGGUGGCCCCGGGCUCUCAAUGAAAAAGCUUCUCAUUUUGUGCAAAGCUAGGGUCCUGCAUGUCAUUGUGAUGUGUUUGAACUAUUUGUACCUUGGGAGGUUUCCGUCAAAUGAUGAGCUUGGGAGGCGGCCAAAUGAGAUCCAAUGCCAGAUCUUUACGAGGCUCCGCUCGUUCAUUGCUGUGUGUGGAUCGACUCGGGAGCUGUUCCCUCUUGCCCCUGGUCGGUCCGGUCCUCAAUUAGCUGCAAGUUUGAUGCAUUUGGAAAGCUUUGUUGAGAAGUGCUCUGAGUUCAAAGAUUCCUAUCGCAGGGCCGCUUCCUCUGAGCUUUAUGUCGAAGAUUCCAGCCUUCUUCCUGCCGAUGACUUUCCCCAGCUUGUUCCUUUCAGACCUUUAGACCCUGAUCGGUUGAAACUUUCUGGAAGAGGCCACUGGGAUAUGCAGGAGUUCAUACAUGGCGUGUUGUGGCUGCCUUUUGUUGAACCGGCUUUUCUUCGGCAUGGUGGUGACUUGUCUGGUGCUGUUGUGCCCAAUUUUGAGAAUGAGAACCCUGAAGCGAACUUGAAACUUGCAAAGCUUUGGGAUGUGAAUGGGCUUUUGGCUUUGUUUGAUGCUCCUUGUUGCCCGGGUGCUUACAGCCGUGUUUUUCAGGUCUACAAAGAUGCACACCGAGACCGUCAGAUCGGUGAUAGGAGGCUCCCUAAUGCAAUGGAGUAUCAUGUCGCUGGCCCCAGCAAACAUUUGCCACCAGGGCAUCUUUUGGCAGAAUUGCAUGUGGAUGUAAAGCACGAUACCCUUCGGGGCUCAGUGACCGACCGCCGAGAUUUCUAUCACCAGAGCAAAGUCACUGAUGCCAGAGCAAAGUCAAAUUGCCUUUCUGUUCCUUUUCCCAUUUCUGAGUUUCAUGGCUGCGCUGCCUUUGAGGACUAUCACAAAAAGAAGAACCUGGAGUCCUCUCGCCGAAAGUCGCGCUUUGAAGGGGGAGCUGAGAAAAGAAGUUUGCCUAGGGAGAAGUCUUUUGCUUAUAAAGCUCUUGCCGAAGCUCGGCUUGCCUAUGAAAAACACCGGCUUGAGGGCUCACCGGAGAAGGAUGUUGAAGCUGAAGUUUUCUUCAAGGCAGCUGGGGCUGAGGUUGACUCUCGCGAGACCACUUUGCGUCAGAAGCUUUGUCUUGUCAGCAGUCCUUUUGCGAAACGUUUUGCCUUGUCAGCCUUGUCAUUGCGUGCGGCCCGGCUUCCAGUCAUCACUCCUCGGCUUGCUGCUAGACUUUCUGGAAACUGGGUGUCUUCACUUCUCUAUAGAAGGUGUCUGACUUCGAUUGUGGAUGAGUUUUUCGGAGUCAGUGCUGGCCUUGAACUUCCUGGCGCUCCGAAAGUUGUGCCUCUGAAGAGAGCGUGUGCCCAAGAACUGUGCCUUUUGUCUGCCCUGGUUCCCAUGAUGAGCGCAAAUGUUGGUGCAGCCUAUGCUUCUUGCGUGUACGCCUCUGAUGCGUCAGGUGAAGGUGGUGCUGUGGUGUCCUUGCCUUGUGAACCUUCGGUUGUGCGUUCUCUUUGGCAUGCCUCUGAUAAAAAGGGGAGUUACACCAGACUUGAAUCCUCUGCCAGAGCUAUUUUGAAGAAGCUCGUCCACGAGAUAGAGCUUCCAGAUGACUCUUUUGAGGAGAUUGCUGUGAAUGCUGAAGGAGGGCCUUUUAAGGCAAAGUGUCCUGGCGGCCAUUCUCAUGUGAAAAUUGAAGGAAAAUGGACGAAGGGUUCUGCCACCUACCACCCUGAGCUUGGACUUUACCUUGCAAAAGCUGUGCGACGUGCUGUUUUGAGGGUCCGACGUUUGGAAAAUGACGAGGUUGAGGUGCUUGGUCUUGAGAGCUUGGUAGUGAAUGACUUGAUGAUUGCCAAGAAAUGGGAUCUUGAGAAAGCUUGGACUUGGAAGAAGACUCGAUCCCAUAUCAAUGUCCUUGAGAGUUUUUCUUCCGUUGCCGCUCUCAGCCUUGCUGCCUCUCGCGAGCCUGACACCAGAGUUCCUCUUGUAGUUGAUUCCCAGGUUGCCCGUGGUGCUUUGUCAAAAGGUCGCAGCAGUUCGUUCUCCCUUCAGCCCAGUCUGAAACGGGCUUGCGCAGUUCAAUUGGCUUUUGGACUUUUCCCGGCUUGGACUUUCUGCCCGACGCGACUGAACUGCGCAGAUGAUGGUUCCCGUGGAGUAGAGACUCGGGGGGUUUCGACUUUAGCCUCAAUUGUGGACUUCUUGGAUUUUGGUUCCCUUGUCUCCCUCCACGGAACUGGGCUCAAGCGUUUUGCGGCAAAUUGGAUCAGGCUUGUGGUGUUGGCCCUCAUUGUUUGCCCUUCAUCAGCAAAGGAAGCACAGCAGAAUGGACUUUUUCUCUGUCCUGAAAUCUCCUCGGCUCCUCGGUUUCUCUCUGUCUAUUUGAUUUCGUGCGUUGCUGUUUGGACUUUCAUUGUCUGUUGGCUCUACCGUACGUCUGCGCUCUGUCGCUGGGCUGUUUCCCAAUGGAUUUGGUUCCUCCGUGUCUGGGCUGGCACUUUAUCCGACUCGAGUGUGCUUGGUCUUGGACUUUGCCUCGGCGCCUCCAUGUCUCUCUGCUGCUUUGGAUUUUGGCUCCUGGGUGUCACCGGUCUUGUUUUCUCUGCUGGACUUUUCCCAGAGACUCUUGGCCUUGUCACCGUCCCUGCUUUGCGCUUGGUUGGCAAACAUCCCCUUAAGAUCCUUUUUCUAACUGUUCAGGGAUUGCCCUUCGGGUCGCGUGGAUUUGGGGCGUAUGGGGCGUAUGGAGCCAUGGCACCUCAGAGUGCUUUUGAGAAAGGAGACAAGGAACAGGCGCAUGCAGCUCUUUGCAAAUUUCAGGGCUUGGCUUUGGAAAAACCACAGGGUUUCCCUUGCAAGUUUGAUGAAACAGAGGCUCAGCGAGUCGAGGAGAUUGGGGAAGAGAUGCAUUUUCAUAGCACUUUUCAGCCUAAGACGGCUGGUGCUGCGGAUCAUGGUGUUCGGGCCGCGCCGAAGCGCAAGAGUGGCCAGGUGACUAAUUCGCGAACAGGAAUCGCAGACCGAUCUCUGAAGGCACUGGGGUCCGAAACAGGGGACCUGCUGCGACCAGCCUUGAGGGAGCAGCCGCAUGCGGUGCGUGUGGAACCCCAGGGACCCAACAUGGCCGUUGCGAUGAAACCAAGGAGGAUUUGA